UCAAGGUGUAGAGGGAGAGGUGGCCAAACCAAGUCGCCAAGCUGUCUGAGUGAACCUUAGUCGACUGGUUUAUGCACAAAAUCCCUCAAUACUCGAAUACACCAUUGUUUGUACGGUUCGCUUGUUACCAUCUUAACUACCUAUAUUUCAAAUGAACAAUUUUUUCAACUAUCAAUUGUUCGCUGUUUAUGUACACAACACGCGAAAAAUGCGGUAGACGAAUGCAGAACCAUGUUGGAUUAUUUUUUGUCAAUUCUGAUACUUCUUGGAUUGACACAAAUAUGUACGAGUAAUUUUAAUGGAGAUGUAGUGGACACUUCGCCUUUAAUGCUAAUGGGAUCGCAGGAGACUGAACCCUCCAAAAUGCAGUUCUCAUUCAAAGUUUGGGAGAAUCCCAGAAAAUCAGCCUUCAAGCCGAGAAAACGAGAUAUGCACGAACCUAAGUUAUUGCUGCUCAUGGGCAAUGAUUACGAUCACAAAUGGAUGAGAAAGAAUAGAGAAAAACAGACGAUAAAUGGUGCCGCAGAAGAAAAUGAACGAAAAGCAGUACGAGCUUUACGAGCAUUAGUGGACAAUAGUACGUUGUCGAGGCAAGAAGAUCUGCUCCAAUUACCAGAAGAUCUUCCUGGUCAAUAUCGAGAAUUAGUGAAAAAUUGGCUGGUCAGAAGAGCAACAUGUCCAAUUCGAUUCACUUGGAAUGAUCUGGGGCCUUAUUUUUGGCCUAGGUUCGUUAAACUAGGCGAAUGCUUAGGGAAUAUGACGUGCAGCUGGCCUCCAGGCAUGACCUGUGCCCCUGGAGCUGCAAAAAUUCUCAAUAUAUUGAGAUGGCAUUGUCGUGAGAAAAAAUCAAUGAAGAAAGGCCAUAAACGAAAAAAUGUCAACCAGGUCAAGAAACAUGAUAACAAUGUAGCCCCUACAGACACAAACAAAACUGGAAACAAGAUUAACAAAAGAAAGAAGAGGAAGAAGUAUCGAUGCAUGUGGAUCAAAGUGCCAUAUCCAGUUCCAGAAGAUUGUGUUUGUUCUUGCGGAUGAAAAUUGCAUCAAGACGAGCUAAAAAAAUUCCCAUUUCAAAGAUCAAUGUACACCAAACCUGUUGCUGGUAUGUAAAUGUACCGCAAGCGAUCGGGUCAAAUGUAAAAAUUUUAUUUCCUUGGAUGAAAGUAGCUCGUUGAAAUUUUACAUAAAUUUUUUUUGUACUUCUUUCUAACAUGUAAAACAAGUCUUUCGUUAUAUUUAUAUUUAUGUGUACCUAUAUCAUUUGUGUAGAUAAAUUUUUUUUAUUUAAUACCACCAGGGAGUUACCCUGCACUUUUUGUAUUUAAAUUCAAUUGGAUGAUUGCAAAUUUCAUCAUGAUUGUGAAAGUAGCACCACUUAUGAUCGAAGUAUGAAACAUUUAUGAGUUUUUUUCUAUUUGUAUGUUCAUUUAAUAAAGUCGUAACUCGUCUUGAAAGGUUUUAAGUGAAAAUAUUCAUCCUAAAAAAAUGAAGUUGCUGCUGUGUAAAUCUCAGCUUAUUUCAAUGGUACCUACCUACUUAUACUUGCCUAAUGGAAUAGAUGAUUUUGUUUGUGAAAAGCUCAGAUUUGGCUGCAUUUUUAAAUAAAUGGGUAAAUGUUUUAUAAUACAUAGGUACCUCUCUAUGAAUCAGUAAGGGUGCCAACAAAAUUAUUGUAAUUGUAUUUUAAUGUUUCUCAAAACAGGUUGAUUUCUUACACCUAUGAAGAAAGUGAACAAUUCAUAGAUAGGUAUACAAAUAAUGACAACGUGAUCAAGUUUUCUACAUUAAAUUGUUUCUAAGAACCUAUCUCAGAUAGGUACUCAUUUUUGUUGUGAUAAUUUUUCAAGUAAAAUACCAAAACAUACAUAUAAAAAGAGGAGAGGAGAUGAUUGAAGCAGCUUUUGAAAUUCAUAGAAGUAAUUAGGAUAAGUGAAACUACUUGCAGUUGAAAUUAAGAACACUUUGUUUAAAUUUCUUAUAAGUCAUCAGAUAGUCAACUUUUCAUAGGUAGGUACUUGAUUUAAAAAAGAUAGGUAUUAGUAUACCUACUAGUGUUUCAUUCUCUCCCUCUACUAUCACAUUCUCAUCUUGCAGAAUUGACUAAUGAAUACCUAGACAAUAGCAUAAUUUAAAAUCCAUUUUUCUAAAACUGAAGGAAAAAUCACCCCGACAAAGAAUUACAGAAAACAUGACAAACAAAACUGAAAUCUGUUUCGAUUUUUUUUCUUUUGUUAUGAGUUAGUAGAUCUAAAUACCUACUUGGAACCAUUUAUGAAUGAAAGAAAGCCUAUUUUUUCCGUCAGAAAGGGAAACUUGUUUAUAAAGAAAACCAAAUAAUAAGAUCGUAACUCAACAUUUAUUGUAACUAAUUUGCAAAGGCAUUAUUCAAAAAAAAAAAAAACAACUUGACAAUUUGCCAUCCUAUACUGCAUUUGUCUUUUGUGGGUAUAUUUUGACCAAAAAACAAAAAAAAGACUCACGCCAGCAAAAAAGGAACAAAGAUCAAGUAGACAUCACAUAUAUGAAUGGGGAUUAGGGAACUGAAAAAAAUAGUGAGAACAGAUGGAUGAAAAAUGAUCUGUGAAGUACCUAAUACAUAAAUCAUUUGUUAGUAUGUACCUAGGUACCUAAUUAUUAUGGAACAUAAACCAGUGAAAAUUAUCGACGUGUAUAUUUUACUACACUUGUAAGCUUUAUUAUUAAAAAUUGUGCAUUUUUAAAAAAUUAUUAUUAUUUAUAUUUAAGGAUUAAAAUAUUUUUUCGUUA